AUGUCAGUUGGCCUUGACACAUGGGGCCCACGUGUGGUUGAAAAAAUGGCAAAAAGUGGGAUGGUAAUGAGAUAUAAUGGGGCUCAAAGCAUGCAGGCUACUGGCUACGCCUGUUGCAGGCGUAGCCUGCAUGCCAGCACCUGCCUACCAGCUUGCUUGCAGAAAACAAAAGAAGGAAAGGCUGGAAGACAUGAUGGCAAGCACUAUAGGUUUUUUCGCCAGCUUGAAGCCCUCUAUGGUGAAACCAACAAUGGUGCCUCAGCCUUAGAAACUCAUGUAGUCAUCGGAAGCAGUUUCAGGAACAAAACACCGAAUGCAGUGCCUAAUCAAGAAGCCUAUCCGGCUUCAAAGAUUUCGGACUACAGCCUUAGUCUAUCUAAUUCUUCUGAUUUUGAUACUACCUCAUCAGAUGAUACUGAUCUCCACGAAGGAGUAGACGACAAUUCGACUAACAAGAGGAAGAAGAGUAGAGGUAAGAGGUGCUGGAAAGCAAAGAUAAGAGGUUUCAUUGAUAGCCAAAUGAGGAAAUUGAUGGAUAAACAAGAAGCCUGGAUGGAGAAAAUGAUGAAGACAAUUGAGCAUAAAGAACAAGAAAGGAUUUUGAGAGAGCAAGAAUGGAGAAAACAAGAUGCAGAAAGAAUAGAAAGGGAGCAAAAGUUUUGGGCUAAUGAAAGAGCAUUGAUUGAAGGAAGGGAUGCUGCAUUAAGGGAGGCUUUGCAAAAAUUGAGUGGAAAAGAAUUAAUGGCAGCUGCAGGGAAAAACCCGAACGACGAUCGAAGUGAAACUAUAACCAACACAGUUAAACGAGACAAUAUUUGGCCUGAUCGUGAGAUUACAAGACUAUUCCAGUUGAGGACUAGUAUGGAAGAAAGAUUGCUACAAGGUGGAGUUUCUGAAGAGGUCAUCUGGGAGGAAAUUGCCAUAAAAAUGGCCUGUUUUGGACACGACAGGAGCGGUUUGACGUGCAAAGAAAAGUGGGUAAGUGUCAAUAAUUAUCUACUCGAGUGCAACAACAAAAGAAGGGAGAAUCCUAAAGGCUGCUCCUAUUAUCAGAACAACAUUGAAUCAAUAUGCAAUGAACGAGAAGCUGAUAAUACAUCAAGAUCAAAUGAUAAUGGAAUGAAUGACUUCUGCUUUAGGUACUUCAUGGGAGAUGCUGACAACAUAUGGGAAAAUUAUGCGCUGAAACUCAACAAGGGAUAG